AUGGACGACAUCUUCCAGGAGGUGCUCGCUCUCCGGCGACGAUACGGGCUUAGUUGGGCCGGCGCCGAAGCGCUUCACUUCAAGCUUGCAGAUAUGUUAACUGAUAAAGAUGCCCUCAUUUGCCAGGAGGAGGACGCGGAGACCAUGUUACUCAAGGACUACGAUGUUGGAAACCUCAUCGAUGGUCCCGAAGAUAUGAAUGUUCCGCUCAUGGCUUUCCGGUACUUUUUGCGUCGCUUCCUGAUGUGCGCUCGGUGCUGUUCGGUCUGCCACCGGCUUCAAACCGGCUCCACGUAUCAGGCCACUCGUGCGUUUGUUUGUAAAUCUCCUUCAUGUUCCACACGUUUCUAUCGCGAGGGAGUCGGGCGCUGUCUUGAAUACGCGAUUUGCACUCAGCCGACCUCGGUGGACACCUUGGUGUCGUUGGCUUACACUGCGUCAUUUUACGAGAAGUUAUCCCCUCUCCCCGUCGGGUUGGAUCUUCGAACCGGUCCUCGAAACACUCUGGUGGACGCACUGCCGGAAAAACAGGUCAGCUACAUGACCUAUGACGAGGUACCAGCGACUGAGACGUCCGUGCAGAUAUGCGAAGCCACGUUGAAUCUGCUCAAGCAAAUACCUCCAAUCGCGACUCUCAAAGCACUGAUUGAUGCAUCUCGCCUCGCACCAGAGACAGCGAGCUCUCGGUUACGUGUCCAAGAUCUCGGGCUUCCCGUCCCUGAAGCCGCUUGGGUCCUCAUGCGAUGGGUUGUAUUUUCGUCCCCCAUGCGCAUCGAGGAGAUGCGCACACCGAUGGAACGAGUAAGGUCGAUCGGACCUCAGUGGAGACAGUUCCGUCUUACAUGUGCAUCGCAACAGGCAGAGGACGGUUUUACGGAAGCAAUUCGUGAUGCGCGAACAAGAUCUACGAAUUCGAAGGUGUAUCCGUCUGCCUACGGAUUUCACGGUUCUCCCGUAUUCAAUUGGUACUCUAUCUUACAUCACGGACUGUGGCUCAAGGAUAUCGCCAACGGCCGCAAAUUCGGAGACGGCGUAUACUUCUCGAAAAUGUGGCGCAUCGCGGAAGGCUUCGCCAAAACCGCCGCCCGUGCGGCGCAAUGGCCGAACAGGGCUUUCGAUAUAGACCAAUGCCUCGCGCUCGCUGAGGUAGUCAAUGAGCGCUCCGCGUUCGUGUAUGAUUUCUCGACGCACCGUUGGCCCCGGAAGAAGAAGCCUACCGAUGUGGCGAAGCACGUGUUCGUCGUCGACAAGACUGACUGGAUCAUAUGGUGCGUGUGCUCGAGGAAAUGUGGGAUAGUGAACGCUCACGUACUCUCCAGUCGGUUUCUCAUGGUCAAGGGCGCUGUUGCAGACCCGGAGAGAGGGCUUGAUGACUGCACUGCGGCGUAUGGAGCAAUGGGGUGUUCCGGAACCUCGCAUUUUGUCAAGCAGGAUCCAAAACACGUGCUCACAGCUGACGGUGGUGCGGCCGUGCUUAUACCCGAGUUCCACUAG